UUUGGUGACGGUGUCCCUGCUGGAUGCAGCUCAGUGCGCACGGCUGGCCGUGGUCGACCUCCUGCUUAAUAUGGAAUAUUUGCGCCGAGCUGCCAAAUCUAUUUGUACCGAGGGAAAAAUUGAAGCCCUGGUGCAGCGAUAAUUGGAAAACCAUUACAUUUCGCCGUUUUUUAUGGCUUCUGGCUCCAGAGUCGAAGAGGGAAACGCGGAUGGUGUUUCAUGGAGACUCAUAGGCCCAGCCUCGGAGCUUUCCAAGAAGCGCUGCCGUCUAAUGUACUCCUCCUUCGGCCACAACUCAGAUGUCUGCCUCUUCUAUGUGAAGGGGGAGUUUUUCGCAAUGGAUGCCCGUUGUUCACACUCUGGUGGUCCCCUGUGUGAGGGGGACAUCGAGGAGGCUGAUGCAGUCCUGCAGGUUUUCUGUCCUUGGCAUGACUACAACUUUGACCUCAGGACUGGGAAGUCAGGGACCUUCUUACAGCAACAAGUGUAUGAAGUCAAGCUGGAGGACAGCAGUGUGUAUGUGAAACAUACCAGUCAUCUGUCCUUACAGCCUUUUCCUGCAGAUCCGAAAAGCUGAACAGCCUCAGCACACCAGACUGUGUCAUCCUUCAGCCCUUUGUAAGACCUCAGAUUCUCCGAUUGUGGAGCUUCCUGCCUGUAGCGAGCUCACUCUGGCUAUUUUUAAGGCUUGUUCCACAACCCAAAGCCAUUCGAAACAUUCCCAAGCCUUAUCUGUCAUUUUCUGAAAACCUUUUUCACUUUCAUUUCUGUGAACUCAGGAUGAUAUCAAGAGGAUUGUCUGAUGAGGGCAUGACAUCAUGAAAUUGUUUUCCUUACUGGCAGGGAGAGCUCACUGCUGUUUUUGAUAACACACCAACACAGUGGUAAACAUGCAAUAUACUGUAGCCAUUGCAUUUUUUUGUUGAAACUGACUGAAAGGUUUACAUCCCAUUCCUCAAGCUCUCUACCAUACCUGCCCAGUCUUGUAUACAUUAAUAAGAAACUAUUUUAUGUUUGGACACAGACCCUUAAAUAUUGCCUCUAAUUUAAAUACAAACUGACAAUGUGCACAAAUUAUAAUUGCUAUUAUGGGAUGAAUUCAAAUGCAGGUAGAAAUGACACCUUUGUGUCUUGCUGUCUUAUUACAAGUGAUGGGAGGCAUUACAAUGUGUGAGAAAUAUUGCACUAAUCUAGUGAUUUGAAGGAGGAUAAAAUCAAUAGUGCAGAUGAGUAAAAUGGAUGUCCCCCUGAUGUCUUGGCAAAACAUCCAGAUGCUAAUUAUCACUUGUUAUGUGGUGUAAUUUUGAGGUCCAAAAAUAACUGCCAGUGUAUUGGAAUAAGCAAGAUAGGUUUCCUUUUAUGAGCAUAAAGCUUCUACAUAGUUAGUGGAAGAUUUUCUAUUUAACAGAUUGAUAUGUAUGACCAUGUUCUUUCAACUGCUAAUAUCUAACUAAACUAAAUGGUCUCAUGGUUACUCUCACAGUUUUCCUUUUCUUCAACACUGUAGUCUCAAACUAUUCCACUGACAGACAAGCUGCCACACUUGUUGAGUUGUGGCCUUUGGUUGAAUAAUUAUUCCAGUGAUGUCACUCAACAGAAUUCUGAAUUUCUAGAGCUUCUGGACUGUUUUUAACCCGCAUAAAGUUCCAGCAAAUAGAACACACUUGCAGGGCAAUGGAAUUACGAUUGGUGCCACUCCCAGUAUUAAGAUGUCUCCACCAGCAUUUCUUUUCAUUCCUGGACUGUACGUAGACAGGUAUGCAAAUAGCCUUUAACCCUCAUGUUGUGUUCUGGUCAAAUUCGAUUGUUUUAAAAUUUUAUCUCUGAAAAAUGUAGGUAAUUUGAUCAGACUGACCUUGGAUUCCAUGGCUUUGUCCACAAAGGAUUUCAACACAAAAAUAUGAAGUAUCAAUUUGCAUACAAUUUUGUUUGCUUUAUUCAACUUUUGAACACUCUUAGUGUUCGUGGUCAAAAAUGACCGGUCAGUAGAAAUGAAUGGGGGAGACAACAAUUACUGUAAAAAACUGAGCUCAGGUACAUUCUUAUUUGUCAGAUGGACACACACACACACACACACACACACACACACCUUGGGCUCCCUGGAAACCACUACAGGAACCUUUGCCCAGUAGAGUCUCUCUCCCAUGUGAACAACACCUGUGUUGGCAGUUCUCACAGACAGUUGCAACAUUGUUUCAAUAGCACUGAAUUUUUCUCAUAGCUUUGGUAUAUAAGGUCUUGCUCACAGUUCGUUGUAUGGCAGCACCAUGGCAGGUUGAUAAGUGAGGCUCUUGAUUGCACAUUUGAUCACCACACUGGUGACACGGAAAGAGGCUAGGAAACUGACAGUGAGGAUGGAUUAGAGGAGGAAGUGUCAGAAGAUGAAGAUGACAUGAAAUAUAAUCCAGACCAAGAAGUAACCGAUGAGGAGGAAUCCAGUGAUGAAGAGGAUGGCCAUGCUGAGGCUGCUGUCACAUUUCAAAGAAUGGGAACUUAUCCUGGUCUUCAUCCCCCACCUGAGAAUCCAGGUAGGCUUUCAUCUGAAAAUGUCAUCAGGAUGACUCCAGGACCUACAAAAUAUGCCAUAUCCUGGAUUGAUGGCAUCAAAUCCUGCUUUGAACUGAGUCCAUCAAAACCACAGUGAUAAACAUGACCAACUUGGAGGGGAAACGGAUUUACAAAGACAACUGGAAGGAAAUGAAUCUGCCAGUAGUUUAUGGGAAGCAGAGUCUGGUCAGAAAUUUUCGGGCCACCAUGUAAGUCCACCCAUGUUGUCACAGGUGAUUCACUUUGACAACUGUGAUACAAAACCAGGCCAUUGUCAACAAGACAAACUGGCAGCGAUCAGAGAGGUUUGAGACAAGUGGGUGGCGUGCCAUCCUCAUCUAUAACCCAAGUCCAAACAGCACAGUGGAUGAGCGUGUGGUUGCUUUUAGUAGACGCAGCCCUUUCAAGCAGUAUAAAACACAUCUGAUAGACUGAUGAACAUUGUAAUGUUAUUGUUCUUGUUAGUUCUUCUUUAAUGUAUUAAGACAUUGAUCGUGGAAUAUUAUGAAAUUGUCAAGUGUAGUUUUGGGAUAAUUUCCUUUGUACACAAAUAAAAUAUUCCUGGUCACUUUUGACCAGGACCACAACAGGUGUUACUUUAUGUGACUGUAUAAAAAUUUUAAAUGGUUUCAAAACAAAUGUCCUUGGUAACUUUGACCCAAAGUAGUCUGUGAUAAACAGUUUACUAUGUUUCAUCGGAUUAUUUAUUAUAGUCAAA